AUGCAUUCAUACAAAAGGUAGAAGCUAUGAAAUAUACAAGUGUGAAGAGUACUCACUGUGGUUUCUGUGCCAACAAACAAUGUUUUUUCUGGUUUUCCCGGAGUAUUGCCUGUUGGUGUGCCAAAUUUCCUCUUCCCUGGUUUCAUCCUUGGAAUAUGGGAAAAACAGGAAAAAACCUAUAUCAGUAUAUAUGUCCAGCUAUACCACAGCACACAAGUAUAAAUACACAACUAUGUGCUACAAUUUUAGCAUGUCUUCAGCGAUGUAUAUCUCGAAAACUAAAGGAGGUUCACACAGGUUCACCAGCCUUUUUAGAACUACCAGUCCUUAUAGUGUAAUUCUAACUUAAUAAGGGGGAGCUUCACCUAGAAAUUUGGUGAUACUGGAAAAAAAUAUCAAUUGGCUCUCAAUCUGCCAGCCAACAAAACGCAAUUACUCAAGAUCGAGUGAUAAAUAACGAAGAUUUGGUUACUGUAAAGUCAACAUCGGCAAGAAAACUGGAGAAUGCUAGUUCUGAACUACCCCAAACUCCCGAAUUUACAAGACAGAAUUCACAAGAAAAAGACGGAUACCGGAUUGUUUAUAUUGAGAACAUACGGAAAGCUGUUGAAAUGAUGCACAAAUGUAAGAAUGGGACAAUCAUAACUUGUGAAGAUGCUUCAAAACGUGCAGGAUUGAGCAGCAGCUACUAUUUUGAAUGCACCAAAUGUAGACAGGGAGUGGACAUGGAUACUUCGAAGCCAGUCGAGGGAAAAGCUUGUUCUUUUGAUGUAAAUCGGAGAACGAAUUUUGCCAUGGGUGAGUUGGGCUUAGGCAGAGAGGCUCUUGCAACAAUUUGCGAAAUUUUAAAUAUGCCACCCCCAGUAAGUGAUAGUGCUUAUCAAAAACAUAAUCGCUCGGUGAACUUAGCAACACGAAAAGUUUUGGAAGAAAGGUUGAACGAUGCCGGCCAUCGAGUACGCACAUUCCUGCAGAAGGAUGAUGCAGAAAUUCUUGAUGUUGCCGUGUCAUUUGAUGGUACAUGGAGCAAAAGGGGCUUCACGGCCAACUAUGGAGUUGGAAUUGUCAUUUCUGCUGAUACUGGGGAGGUCUUGGACUAUGUUGUUUUAUCAAAGGUCUGUGAACUUUGCAAAGCUGCAGAGAAACACAAAAGCAAUCGCGAUAAAUACCAAGAGUGGAAAGAUGCUCAUGCGGCCAGUGGACUGUGCCAAAAGAAUUAUAAUGGUUCUAGUCCUGCUAUGGAAAAAGAAGCAGCCAGAAUUUUGUGGAGUAGAUCUGUCGAGAAGCACAAGUUCCGGUAUAUUGAUAUGGUAUGUGAUAGCAAGGCAUAUGGAGAAGUGUGGGAUAUAUAUGGGGUUUGUGAUGAUUGUGAGAAAUAUGAAAAUAUGGACAAACAGUCAGCAGAGUACCAAAAGUGGUUGAAAUCGAAAGCACAUGCUAAUUGGGAGAGAGAACAUAGCACAAGCAAUGAAAAUUGCCAUCGGGUUAGCAAGCUUGAUUGUGUCGGACAUGUGCCGAAGCGUAUGGGCAAAAACCUGAUAGCUCUGUCUGGAAAGUCAAAGCUCGCAGAUGGUAAACCGGUGGGAGGAAGAAAUAUUAUGGCAAUGCCAUUAGACGGUGCGUGGACAAAAAGCGAAAAGUAAACAAGAAGUGGAGGAUGCAGUAAAGAGAAUGCAAUGUGCGAUAAAAGGAGUAUUGUACCACAGCGUGAAGAUUGUGGAUGAAAAGAAGAGGCAUCAGUACUGUCCUGAUGGAGAAGGUUCCUGGUGUUCAUUCAAGAGAGACAAAGCAGUAGGAACCAAUACUCCUUUUCUCGACAAGUCACACCAUCUGGAUCCAGUCUUUUUAGAAUUUUUAAUACCGUUAUUCGACCGACUUAGUGAGAAGAAGCUGCUGAAAAGGUGCUUACCAGGGCUCUCACAGAAUGCUAAUGAGUCUGUCAACUCACUUGUGUGGAACAGAUGCCCUAAACAUAGGAACAGAGGGAUAAAAUAUGUUGAGACAGCAGCUGCCUCUGCAAUCAUGCAAUUCAACAUUGGUGCGGCUGGUCGACAUGGCGUCAUGAAAGAGUUGGAGAUCUCUGGUGGUUACUAUACAAAAGCUGGAAGUGGGAAAAAGAAUAAGAAGAGAGUGAAGCAAGCAAAUGCAAGAGCCCAAAAGAAAUUUAAAGAAGCAAGGCAGAAGAUCCGACAGGCGAAAUUGGUUGAAGAGGCCAGAUUGAAGGCAUUAGAAGGAGUAACAUAUCAAAGCGCGGCAUUUAACGAAGAUAAUUUCAAUGGUUCAAGGAAGAGAAAGACAGAUAAAACUACUCCUAAGGAAGGCAAGAGCAAGCAGACAAGGAAAGAAUAA